CUGGCAGUGAAGGCUACUGCUCUGUUCUGUUCUGAUCUCUCUGCUCUGAUGGGGUUUCCCACCCACAGAGUCAGGGCUUGGGGUCCUGAGGGCACUGAGUGGUUCUGUCGCUGGGCAUUGCUCUACCAUACCAACAACCUACAACCUACCAACGUAGCUGUGUCUGCUAAUGCACGCUAACCGAUGGCUAAGGAUCGAACCUCAACGAGAAGGCUAACUGGACAUCUCAUGGAUUGCUAACAGAUUACUUAUUGGAACCUAACCAGAACUGAACCAGAAGCUAUACGGACUUCUAGUCAGGCUCUAACUGGACUGCUAACGGAUCAGUAAGCAGCUUUCAGCCCCCUUCACUACUCUCCGCUCAACCAGGAACGGCUGACCUGGCAAGGGGACGAGAGGUAGAUAUGACAGGUAGGACAACCAGUGAAACAGGUAGCAGAUAGAUUGAACACUGGUGGGUCAGCAGGGCUACUGUUGGAGGAAAUCUGUCAACUCAAUAACUCAACUGUGAGAUUCUGUCUAAUAACUAUGUAGUAGCAAUAUUAUCAUCACAUUGUUAUUAUGUGUGUGUGUGUCCGUGCGUGUGUGUGUGCAUGUUUGUGCAUGUGUGUGCGCAUGCGUUUGUGCCUGUCUGCAUGUGCGUGUGCAUGUUGGGUAAGUCACAGUGGCGUAAAGUAACUAAGUAAAAAUACGUUGCAGUAGUACUUAAGUAGUUUUUUGUACUGUACUUUACUAUUUAUAUUUUUGACAACUUUUGCUUUUAUUUCACUACAUUACAAAAUAAAAUAUGUACUUUUUACUCCCAUACAUUUUCCCUGACACCCAAAAGUACUUGUUACAUUUCAAAUGCUCAGGCAGGACAGCAAUAUGUUCCAAUUCACGAACCUAUAAAUAUAAUGUGUUGUCAGCGGACUCACUAAACACAAAUAUUGCGUUUGUAAAUUAUGUCUGAGUGUUGGAGUGUGCCCUAAAUAAAUAAAAAAACAAGAAAAUCGUGCCAUCUGGUUUGCUUAAUAUAAGGAAUUUGAUGUAUAACAUACUUUUUACUUUUACUCAAGUAUGAAAAUUCAGUACUUUUCCCACCACUGUACUUAAGUGCAUUUAAAACCAGAUACUUUUAGAAUUUUACUCAAGUAGUAUUUUACUGGGUGAUUUUCACUUUUACUUGAGUCAUUUUCUAUUAAGGUAUCUUUACUUUCACUCAAGUAUGACAAUUAAGUACUUUGUCCACCACUGGUAAGUGCUGUGGUAUAUGACAUUCGUGUGAGUCAUUUGUGCUUUACCUGAGGCGUUGGUUGGUACCCUCCUCCAAAUUCACAAAUAAUGACCCUCUCUGACAAGCUCUCUACACAGCUGGAGAGAGAGAACAGGACAUCACACUCAUACUUCCCCAUUCACCUUGUCUGAUACUAUUGCAACUAAACUCUGGGGACCCCUGGAGACUCUCAACAAACACCCAGACAAAAUAUUCAAACUUUUAUGUAAAACCUCUGGUCUUCACCACUGCAAUGCAUAAAUUACAGGCUAGCAAUAUCAGGAGCCAUGUAGUGGUUGGAUGGUAACAGUGUUUGCUGUGACUUGUGUGCUCAGUCUAUAUGGCCUUCAUAGUUCAAGUGAUUGAACUGGCUGAUUACAGUUUAAUAAGAGUCUGGUGUCUAUGAGGAGUGUUCCCAGGCUGGUCUCAGAGUAUCACAUCUACCCACCGUAUCCCCUCACAGAUCCUCACAAUAUAAAUACCACUAUGUCCCAGACCAAAUAGACACAGGAAGUUAUUUCAAUGAGGCACACAGAGGAUCCGACACCCAAUAUCUGUUGUGCGUGUGUGUGUGUGUGUGUGUGUGUGUGUGUGUGUGUGUGUGUGUGUGUCAGACCUUGGGAAGAAGAUAUGUCUCUCCUCUUUGAACUAGAGAAACCUUCAGAUGAGUUUACUAUUUACGGUUGUUUCACAAUUGACUAUAAAGUGUGACUGUAAAGUUGUUUGUGUGAAUAGGUGUGUAUCUGAUCUCUCUCCCUCUCUCUCUCUCUCUCUCGCUCUCUCUCUCUCUCUCUUUCUUUCUCUCUCUCUCUCUCUCUCUCUCUCUCUCUCUCUCUCUCUCUCUCUCUCUCUCUCUCUCUCCACAGCUGUAGUAGCAGUAUGUAUCCUCCUCUCCCUCCUCCUCCCUCCAUCCCUCUCCUGUCCUAAGGGGUGUGUCUGUGACGGCCGGACAAAAGUCGUUGACUGCCGAGGGCGGGGCUUAUAUGACAUCCCUCGCCAUCUCCAACCAGACACUCUAGAACUCCAUCUCCAAGACAACCGUAUCCGAGGGCUGGGUUCCAUGGCAUUCCGAGACACGCCCCUGCUGCGUGUUCUGGACCUAUCCAAUAACUCCAUCACGUCUGUGUCUCCCUCUACACUACUCGGUCUGAGAGGGCUACAACGUCUCAGUCUGGCCAAUAACGCCCUGAGAGAACUGGACAGAAGACUGCUAGGGCCCAUACGAUCUCUAUCACACCUAGACCUGUCACACAACAGGUACACAUACGAUCUCUAUCACACCUAGGCCUGUCACACAACAGAUACCCAUACAAUCUCUAUCAAACCUAGACCUGUCACACAACAGAUACCCAUACAAUCUCUAUCAAACCUAGACCUGUCACACAACAGAUACCCAUACAAUCUCUAUCAAACCUAGACCUGUCACACAACAGAUACCCAUACAAUCUCUAUCACACCUAGACCUGUCACAUAACAGAUAUACUAUCACACCUAGACCUGUGCAAUAACAGCUUCCACAGCAAGACUGACUUUUCUGUUAUGAGAUGCUAAAUAACUUACCCAAUCACUCUCCCACCGCCACCAGUUGUAUAAUGGACCUGUUCUGUCUCUGUUCUGUGCCCAGUCUGACGGGUCUGCCUGGUGCUAUGGGGGAGAGCCUGAGGAACCUGUCCCAGCUAGGGCUAGCCCACAACAGGCUGCAGCGGCUGGACAAGUCCCUACUGGAGAACCUGGAGGGCGUGGGUCAGCUAAGCCUGAGAGGGAACCCCUGGAGGUGUGACUGCCAGGUCAUAGGCCUCAAACUGUGGUUGGAGACCUUCCUCUUCAGAGGUGAGGAUGGAUGGAUGGGGGCCAGUUGAGUCAUGUGGAUGGGAUUCAGUUAGUAGGUGAACUAGCUACAACCAAUGGCAUGAAUAUAGUUACAGAGUUAAAGAGUUUUACCAGCUAUCUUCAAAGCUGGCAACGCACGUCACCAUCACUCACUGCUUACAAAAUAUGCUGUUGACCUCUUCUGAGAAUGAGGACACACAUACAGUACACACACACACACUAUGAGCCAAAACACCCAUUAUACAAAAAUGUAAUACUCCUCCCCCAGAGUGCCACGGCCCAUUGCGGAUUAAGCUAAAACUGUCGUCCAAUUAGCAAAGCGAGUGUGUGUGCACCCAUGUGAAUGUGUGUGUGGUUUAUCAUGUUAUUUUUAUCAGAUAAGUAAUGUGUGGGUAAUGUAAUGUCACAGCUGAUCCCUGUGGUGCCUCAGUCUGGACCCAGCUACAGGAAUGUGGCUGAAUACAGAUGUAGGAUCUUAAUUUGAUCACCCUGUUGCAGGAGAACUUUCCUGCAAUGAAGGAAAUGUAAAAUGCAAUGAGGUUUAAAAGGCUUCUGAAGUUUGUAAUUUCCACUUUGAAAUUUCAGACUUGAUUUUCCUUUAUGAAAAAUGUAUCAACCCAUACAAAAAUGUAUAUUAAUUAUAAUCCACAUAAUAAUUCAAAUUUCCAGCUGCGACAGGAUUAUUUUCCUACUGUAGCAAACUGGCUCAAAUCAAGAUCCACAUCAGUAUAAACAUGUUAACCACUGACAGAGAGCGAAAGAGUGGAGGGGAGGAGGAGAGAGGGGAACUUGUGUCUGUGUCAUUUCUCGUCAUGUCAUGCGUAGUGUACUGUGAAUGUGUGAGUGUAGUGUCAACGUGUGUUAACGUGUCAGUCUGCUGAGCUAAUGGACAGAUGCAUUAUCAAUAGAGGAAUAAAAAGAUAAGCUUGGUUAUGAAUUCAUACAUUCAGUUCAGAAUGCAUCAUCACCAUCUCUCUCAGAUGAAGAUUAAUUCAGAUCUGGCCUAAUGAAUGAAUGUAAUCAGAGGAAAAAACUGCUGAUCAUCCCUGACAGAAACCUAAACACACAAACACAACACACACACACACAUCAGAGGACAUGUGUGGCUAAGGACAAACACUGUCACGCACUCGACCUACAUACAACUCCAGGAUCUGAACGGUUCAUUUCCCUUUGUAAAGGCCUCCCAAUCUGAAAGAUUAAUAUAAUGAGCACAUCUAAAUACAUCUAUAUUGAUGGAGCACUACUGAAAAUAGGACAUGUUUGGACUAUUAGAGAGAAAGAGAGAGAGAGGAAGGGAGGGAGGGAUGGAGGAAGAGAGAGAAAAAGAGAGAAAGAGGGAGAAAGAGAGAUAGAGAGAGAGAGAGAGAGAGAGGGAGAGAGAGAGAGAGAGAGGGGAGGGGGGGGGGGGGAGCUGAGGGAGGGUGAGAGAGACAGAAGGUUAUGUCCUGACUAUUAACUUGUCUACCAUGCUCUUUAGUGCCUCAUAUUUGAAUGUUCAGUCAUUAACAGAAUCAGGACACACUCAUUAACUCUGGCCAUUUAAUCUAAAAAAGUAAUUAAGAUCCUCUGGUAAUUACCAUCUCAGAGCUCAGGUAGCCUUAUUCAAGUCAGUGCUAGCUACUGUGAUUAAAGGUAAUUAUGACAGGAAGUUAGACUGAAGUCAGACAUGGCAUGUGUCACAGAGGGAGAUUGCGUGGCUAUUCUCAACAGGUGACAACACAUGGACAUAGAGUCAGUCAUUACACUUUUACAGCCUGUCCUACUGACUUGUAUUCAGACCAUAGCAUGGAACACACCUGCAGAAGUGGUAUUGUCUAUAGCAGUAGGUUUUAGGCAUGAAGCGAACAUUCAGGGUUUUUACUGAUAUAAUAACCUCACUCCCUCUCUCCACCCUCUCACACUCUCUCCAUUUCCAGGUGGAGUGGUGGAUGAGGUAUCCUGCUCCCAACCAGAGGAGAUGAAGGAGAAAGAUCUCCAGAAGGUUCCCUACCAGCUCUUCCAUUCCUGCAUGACCACCAGCUACAACUACCUAUUCUCCAACAUACACCACCUGGAGUCUGAGAGGUCAACCAGGGGUCACACCCACGGCAACGGCAACCCGCACGGCCCCCUGGGAAUGGGGGAGGGGUAUGGAGGAGGAGGGAGUGGUCUCCCGGAGUGUGAGCCCAAGCAGAGACCUCGCCCGGUGAACCUGCGUCACGCCAUCGCCACGGUGAUCGUGACUGGCGUGGUGUGUGGCAUCGUGUUGAUGAUGAUGCUGGCUGCAGCGGUGUACGGCUGUGCCUACGCUGCCCUUAUGGCCAAGUACCAGCGGGAGCUGAAGAAGAGUGAGGAGAUGAGUAAGGCCGAUCACGGCAGCGCAGACGAGAAGGAACCACUAGAGAACGCUAUCGCCUAAGAGAUGGGAUCGAGUGAACUGUGAACUUUAUCCCACAAACACUUUGAACC